UCACAUGACCGCAACUAGGAAACGGGGCUUUGAGAGCUAUCAGUAGAGAGUACUUUCUGUUGUCGCUUUUAAGAACUAUCUUUUAUGUUACUCCCUUGCUCGUUGAAAGUAGUUUCAUCAUGAUAAGAGGCAACAUGGGCUCUCCUAACCAGACCUGUGACAGUGGUGUAUCCAUGGACCUCUUCUUGCACUAUUCUCUCAUUCCAUCGGUAAGGGGUCUCUGUGUCCCCAUACAGCACAUUAACAUCCAGUUCGUCAUCGUGGUUGUGCUGUCGGCCCUGCAGAGGAGAUCCAGACACCUGCCCAUUGAUGAGAAGCUCCCCUUUCUCAACAACCGCUUUGGCAUUGUUGUGUGAGUCACACUGUAACCCCUGACCCUUUACCAGUCAACCCAUACUGACCCUUAAAGAUAGAGACAAACACACACUGGUUUUCAUCUCAAAUCACAUCCUAUUCCCAAUAUACAAAUGUAGGAUCU